CUAAAAAGAAGAAGAAGCCAAAACUCUUAAACAAGUUUGAUAAGACCAUUAAAGCUGAACUAGAUGCUGCAGAAAAAUUACGUAAAAAAGGAAAAGUUGAAGAGGCUUUAAGGGCCUUUGAAGCAUUAGUGAAUCAGUACCCACAGAGUCCACGAGCAAGAUAUGGAAAAGCACAGUCUGAAGAUGACUUAGCUGAGAAAAUGCGAAGUAAUGAGAUGUUGCAGCAAGCCAUCAACACCUAUGAUGAGGUGGCCAGUCUACCAAAUGUCCCUUCAGAUCUGAUGAAACUGAGCUUGAAACGAGAAGCAGACAGACAGCAAUUUCUUGGUCGCAUGAGAGGUUCUCUGAUUACUCUGCAGAAAUUAGUUCAACUGUUCCCCAGUGACACUUCCUUGAAGAAUGACCUUGGAGUUGGUUACCUCUUGAUGGGAGAUAAUAGCAAUGCCAAGAAAGUAUAUGAAGAGGUUCUAAGUCUCGCUCCAAAUGAUGGCUUUGCCAAAGUACAUUAUGGCUUUCUCCUGAAGGCAGAAAACAAGAUAGCAGAAAGCAUUCCCCUUCUCUAAAGGUAUGAAGGACUAGAGUCUGGUGAUCCUGGCACAGAUGAUGGACGCUUUUAUUUUCAUCUAGGUGAUGCCUUGCAGAGAAUAGGAGACAAAGAGGCAUACAAAUGGUAUGAACUUGGAUACCAAAGAGGUCACUUCGCAUCUGUGUGGCAGCGCUCCCUUUACAAUGUCAAGGGACUUAAAGCUCAACCUUGGUGGACAGCAAAGGAAACUGGUUAUACAGAGCUGGUGAAGUCCUUAGAAAAAAACUGGAAGCUCAUUCGGGAUGAGGGGCUUGCUGUGAUGGAUAAAAAAAGAAGCCUCUUCUUACCUGAAGAUGAGAAUCUACGAGAAAAGGGAGAUUGGAGUCAGUUUACCUUAUGGCAGCAAGGAAGAAAAAAUGAGAAUUCUUGUAAAGGUGCUCCAAAAACAUGUGCUUUACUGGAAAGAUUCCCAGAAGCUACUGGUUGCAGAAGAGGGCAGAUCAAGUAUUCUGUCAUGCAUCCAGGGACUCACGUCUGGCCUCACACAGGGCCCACCAACUGUAGACUAAGGAUGCAUUUGGGCUUGGUGAUACCUAAAGAAGGCUGCAGAAUUCGAUGUGCCCAAGACAACAGAACCUGGGAAGAAGGGAAAGUCCUUAUCUUUGAUGACUCUUUUGAACAUGAAGUGUGGCAGGAUGCUGAAAGUUAUCGCCUGAUAUUCAUUGUUGACGUGUGGCACCCGGAGCUAACGGCGCAGCAGAGACGCACGCUUCCUGCUAUUUAAGGAGCUGCUUCUGAUGUGAAGAACAGAGGAGCUUUGGAGGAUGCAGAUAGGAUCACAGAGGAUUAACUUGUCCGGCAUAUGGAAAAUACCAGUAUUUUAAGGAUUAGAAGAUAUAAAAAAGACAUUCCUGAGUGACAAAGGACUUAA